CACCGACGCCGGCGACGCAGCGCGGCCGCACCUGGUGCUGCACCCGCACACCCGCGCAAGCGAUGUCCGCUCCGCACCUCGCCCAGCGUCAUCCGCUUGCACCCAUAUCGCCGCCCCAUAAAGGCGGCUGCCUCUCUCGCCGGACCCCGCUGCUGCCUUGAGAACCAUCCCGCCCACCGUCCUGCCUCCGAGCCUCCGCCUUCUCCAUCUCCCUUCUUGCCUUGCCUGCGAUCCAUCAUACACGCCUUCGCAGCGAUGGCCUCCUCCUCCUCCUCUUCUUCUGCUGCGGCGCCCUCGUCGUCGCGCGCCGGCCACCUGAGCCACUUCUCGACGCGCUCCUUCGAGUCGUACCACACGCCCAUCAACUCGCCGACGUCGACGGCCCCGCUGCGGCCGACACACCGGCCGUCGCGCUCGCGCACCCUUUCGCUCCUCUCCACGUUCAGCCGGCACUCGCUCGCCGAGCCGGCACCGGAGGCGUCGCAGCCCAGCGUGGCGCCUCUGUCGCCCAAGCGCUCGCUGCGCCGCACGAGCGUGCGCAAGCCGCGCGCCUUCCUCGCCGCCGAGCCCGUCGUCGACGAUGCCGAGCGGCCCACCAGCGCCCUCUCCUUCGCCUGCGCCGGCGAGCAGGACGACGACGCUGCGCCCCUCGCCGCCUUCUCGCCCUCGCCGCGCCCCGCCGCGCUGCUGGUGAUGCCCAAGGACAUCGACACCUACUCGCUCUCCUCGCUGCAGGCCGCCGCCGGCUUCCCCUCGCCGGCGCUCAGCACGUCGAGCUCCAAGAGUGACGACUCGUACUUCUACGCCUCGUCCUCCAACGACAGCACGCCGCGCAACUCGGGCGAGCACUCGCGCUGCCAGCUCGUCGUGAGCAGCUCGCGCGCCGCCAGCAGCCACGGCGCCUCGCCGCGCGGCUGGCACCUGCCCUGCCCGCCCACGCCGACGCUGCCGCAGGGCGACUGGAGCACCUGGCCCACGUACGCCUCGCCGCCCGUGUCGCCCAAGACGGAGCUGCCGCCUCGCAACUCCAGCCUGCCCGUCGUCAAGCUCGACGCUCCCGCGGCCGCACCCGCACCCGCUCCUGUCGCUGCCGCGCCCACCUCCAUGGUGCGCGCUCGCUCGCAGGAGCGCCGCAGCAAGGGCCUCGGCAUGGCCGUCGUGCCCGCCGUGCCGGCCAUCAAGGCUCCGGUCUGCGACGAGGGAGCGCAGUGGACGCUGGCGCUCAACUGGGACGACGACGAGGAGUACUACCGCAGCGCGCGCCUCACCUCGGCCUCGUUCGUCGCCAGCGACCGCUUCCUCGGCCGUGCGCAGCGUCGCGGUGCCUCGCCGCCUCGCGCCGGCGUCUCGACGCAGACGUGGUGCAUCUCCACCGCCGUCGACGACUCGGCUGCGCCGCUCUUCGUGCCGCGCUCGCGCUCGCAGCUGCAGAGCAACGUCGCCAUGGCCGCCACGCGCGAGGUCGACUCGGACGAGGAGUCGGACGACUCGCAGGCUACGAGCAUCGGCAGCAUGCCCUCGACGCCGCGCGCCAGCGUCUGGCAGCUCCCCGUCCCCAGCCCCACCGCUCCCCUCAACGUCCGCAAGAAGGCCUCUGCUGCCUCGCAGCCGCGCAAGAGCGCCCUGCGCUGCCCGGCACGCACCAAGGGCGACGGUCGCCGCGUCACCUUCGCGCCCACCCUCGUCGUCUAAAGAAAACCCUGGUCCCCUCUAAUCUACACUGUCACCUGUCACCGUCCAUACCUCAUCGCACUCGCUUAAUUGCAUGC